CGAGAAUGCAAGCUGUCUCCUAGAGACGAGCAGUUUUGGUACCUUCUAAGAUAACACUCUGGGGGAAAGAACAUGCAUCCGGCUCAAUGCAGCGCUCCUCCGCCCGUUCACCUACCAAACAAAGGGUAGAAACAUGGCCCGGUCCCGCACCUCUCACUAUAUUCCUCCGCAACUUGAAGCUCCUUCGAUUAGACACCCGCUCUGGCUGGCCUAAUAUUACCCUAGAAACUCUCUCCGGAUCGCAGAAUAACCUUCGUCGAAGAAUUCAGGCCGUGGAAUGGUCUCUCUAUCACCUGUUUCUGAUAUGGGACAAGAAUGAGACACAUACUAAGCUACAACCCUUUUUUCCGCCCCUUGAGCCGCUGCAGUCUGUCAACCUAAGAGCUGCGCUCUUCCGCAUGCUCUCGGAUUUAAAGAAGAAUGGCGUUCUGGGGCGAGAAGCGAUUCUCCGGAAGACCAUGCUAGACGACUGCAAAAGCGAAAGAUUUGAAGAAAUUUUGGCUUCUUUCUCCACAGCCGUUUUGCGCAAAUCUCUCCUCCCGAGCCAAGCUCGAAGCAUUGCUAUCGAUCUAGCCACUGCUCAACAGUUAACGGCAUGCGACCAAAGCAACAUACUCCCGUUGAUCCUUGCCUACCGCUCCUCCCUUAGCUCUACUAUUAACGAAAGGAAGAGUCUUGGCUGCUUCUACGCAAAUCUCAACCAACAUCUCCACGCCAAAGCAGACGAGCUUUCGAAGCGCUCUCCCUCAGGAGCAAGGUCCUUGCUCGCUGCCGAUAAAGUGGAGCAUACACGACGCAAUAUUAUUUCUGCAUGGUACGGCAGUGGAGACUGGGCAAAGGCCAUUUUGGAUGGUGGGUUGCAGGUGGAUUUGGACCCUCUUCUAGAACUGGACUUCUCUCGAUUACGCUUGGUAGCGAAGACUGACGGUUUGGAUUCUGUACGAUCACGACGGUCUUCCGAUCUUCUCGCAGACUUAGACAAACGCAUUGCGCAGCAGAAAUCAAAGUUACAAAAAUGGCGAGAAUUUAGACGGACGUUGACGGAGGAUGAACCAGAUGCUACAAGGACGGAAGCGCACAGCCAAAAUCGCGUGUUGGCGUUCCGGGAUCAUCAAAAAUUAACAGUGGCGUCUCUUGCACAGAUAGGUCAAGUGGCUCAGAACCCAAAUGCCCAAAAUCCGGAUUAUAAGACUCUGUUGGCAGAUUUCCAUGAGUCGCUUGCCAAAUUUAAAUUAGGCGCUAAGCUACCAGAUAGACGGUGGAAGGUGGAGAGCCCCAUACACCAAGAUAGAGAGGAAGAAAGAGUUCACGAUGGUGAAGAAGAGCGAGCGAUGGCUUAUAAGUCCGAUCAAGCUCCUAGCCUGCAAUUGCCUACCCGACUCAGAGAAAUGGAACCCUCAGUAGGAUCAAAAUCAGUCGGUCUGUCUAGGGAUGUCUCGAUGCAAAAUGCUAGCCCUCCUAUGGAGAUGUCACCUGCACAAAUAGCUGAAGCGGCCGCUUCCCAGAGCUACCAAUCUCAAGAACCAAACCCACACGAUCAUACGCACGACAUAUCUGAACGAGCAAACCAUAUUGGCUUCACUCUGGUUGAACGUACUCGACUAUCAAUGUCCCGACUUUCAGUUCCGGAAGCCCGUCCCCGGCAGUCCUUAGGGAAAUCUAGAGUUUCAAGGCAUUCGCAAUCUUUUCCCAUCAACCAGUUCGAGACCCCUGACAAUAAACAGAGACAAAAGCAAGGCCAAAGAUCGGGUGCUACUACUCCAAGAGAUGAGCUAUUCAGCGAAGAUGCGGAUUAUGCCAGUGUGUUUAAGAGUCGGCCGAAGAUUGCUACAAGCCCGGUCGGUUCUCCCGUCGUGCAUGUGCCGGUAUAUGCGGAUGAUAACGCGGCUGAGAUAUCAGAUAUGGAAGUUUGCCAGGGCGACAGUUAUUCCCACCUUGACGCAGAGAAUUCGCCUUCUCUAAGGAGAACGAUGUACAUGUGA